AUGGAUCUCAUAGAAAAGAAAGGACCAACAAACACAUCUGACCCAUCCAGAGUACGGCCAGGUAAUAGAGUGCUUGAAAAGGAAAGAAAAAGAGAAACAACAGUAACUGAUGGCAAAAAUGUAAUAGGAAGGCUAGAUUCUGAAGCGUUUAAAAGAAGGAGUAGGUACCUUCGAGAAAUAUACCUUAAUCCAGAGAAAAGGCAUUUGUACGACUGGACAAAUCUUGAAAAAAAAAUAUUAUUACUCGACUGGCAUCAUAAUCCGUCGUUUUAUGAAAAAUGGAAGCCGCUGGAAACCGAAGAUAUGAUGAAUAGGUUCUACUCGAACAUGAUAUACAACUUCAUGAACUUGUCAAUGACUAACGUAGGAACAACGCCAGUAUACGUAAGAUUAUUAAACCAUUUCCAAACUUUCAGAGUAACAUACCAGUGUUUGGCAAUGAUACAAAGAUAUUUCAGAAUGGAUUCCACUUUCUACGAUGAGUUCAAAAUAGCGUUGAUAUGCAGAGACUCUGAAUUAAAGGUUAGUUCGUCAAAUUCAGAAGGAAUCAACUAUAAACAAACCAGUACAGAGGAAUACCAGUGCUUGGUUGAUGGAGUCAAUUUCAAUAUUUUCACAAUCACAGCGGAUGAAUUUGAAAAGUUAGGCCCCUGCCAAGAAUGCCAGAGGCAGAAAGUGGUAGAAAAAACUACUCUAAUGACGCCAAAGAUAGUCUUUCCACUGCCAGUCACGGCAAUGGAAGUGACCAGUACAGUAAUCGACAACGAACACACAUAUUUAUUAGUGGUCAGAAUGGCUAACCUUGUAAGAAUGUAUAACAUAACUAAAAUUCUACAAAAAACACUUGAAAUUUGUAAACUCUGGGAUGAGUCAAGACAAGUAUACCUACGAAAAUUUAAUGAAGCUAGAUUAAAAUUAGUAGAUAAGCUGUGUACAGGAUGUAUAUUAACAAAUGAGGAUUUCCAAAGGCUGGAGAAACUGAGACAUAUAUUGAGAUCAGUUACAGUGGUUAAACCAUAUGAUUUUACUGGGCUUGACUACGGAAAAUCCAGUUUUAAGACAAUGGCAACUAGAAGAAACACUUCACAAACUGGUUUAAAGUUUUUCUACACUUCAUUUCUCGGAGAAAAGAGAGUACUUCCGACUUUCGUGGGCUGUGUAGGAGCGAAAAGAGCAUGUGUAUGGGAUAUUUACGAACCUAAAGAAACUGAAAACGAGCCCGUUCUGAUAAUGGAACUACAAGAUGAAGCCAAACCAACAGAUCUGUCCUCGUCAUUAUCAGUGGUUCAGAGUUCAAAGGAUUUUAGAGAAAAGAAGUGGGUGGUUGAACCUAAGAUAUACACAACUGAUGAUAUGGGAUACUUGAGAUUGUGGACGCUGUCAAAAGGUCUAGAAAGCUCACUAAAACUAGAUUCAAAUGCGUUACUGACACUGGAUGUUAAUAAAAAAUACCCGCACCUAAUUGCACUGGGAGGGGAUACAGGGAAGUUAAAGAUUUACAACCUUCACCUGCAAUCAAUGACAUCAUCAGACCCAUCGAAUCUGGAACUGAAACUUCUAACGGUAUCUAGCUAUAUCCCGAACAUGGUUUACCAGUAUAUGAACUGGUACCAUCCAUUAGUAAAGGUUAAGUGGGUAAAUGAUGUAUUUGUAGCAACACAAUACUCGGAACCUUUUUUCAAUAACGAGUCAACAAACUCAUGUACACUAGCUAUUUGGAAUGUUUAUAAGGAUAUAUUUGAUAAGGAAGAUGCUUUUCUGUCCAAUAGAUAUUGGUCCCAGUCAAUGGAGUCAGUAAACAGCACUUACUACCUUGGGUCAAAGCUUAUUUGCAUUUACGGAGGUCAUUUCGGUUCCCUUGGAGGAGUUCUAUCAUCGGACGUAAAGUGGUCUGAAAACCACGGAUUAAUCGCAGUCUCCUCAGAUAACACUGGCCAGUUGCAUUGGUACAAGCCAGGGAUAUGGACGUGGGCAAGCUCUGACGAUCCAAUGUGUUUGGCAAGGAUAAAAUCAAACACGUCGUUCCAUCAGGAAAUUUUUGACAAAGUGAAUAAAGAACAUAGUGUAAUAGUUAGGGAAAUGACUGGAAUAGGUCAAGGCACGAGUAAUUACAGAAAAACAAGGUCAAAUUACACACAGUACGUAAAUGAAGCAAUGGCGACUCUGGAUCAGUUAAGCAAGAAAGAACCCCUUCUGAAUGAUUUUAAAAGCCUUCCAAGUUGGUCAAAAAAGACCCUGAGACUAACCACAGAGGAGGAAAAAUAUAUGAAAAUGAUUAAGAAAGAAGCGGAUGAAAGAGAAAAUGUGGAGCACAAUGUAAUAGAAUACCCGGUACAAAGAUCGGAAUUAAAUCAAAUAGAUUUAAAAUAA